CAACAACACUGUUUCUUCCUUGGAACGGGAAAAGUUUGCCCUCUCUUUACUUUCCUUUUCUUGUUCUUCAUUCCCCAUUGAUGAAUUAAUACGUAGAUUCAUGGAAUCACAAACGCAGCAAUACCCUAAUAACAAUAUCAAUCAUCACCAACACCGAUCAUACGGAGGACGAGGAAGCUCAAGCACGAGCACAAGCACCGCAACAAUGGAAAUGGCGAGACAACCCUUACAGCAGCACUCCGACAACGACAGAAGCAGCGGCGAACUCCGCGCACUCGAUUGUAACCUCACUUCCUUAUGUGAUCAUAUUCAAAUGGAAGGUUUCAACAAUGGAUCCUUCUCAGAUGUAGUCGUUCAGGCCAUGGGCGCUACUUAUCAUCUCCACCGUCUCAUCCUCUCUCGUAGUUCUUACUUCAGAAACAUGCUUCAUGGUCCAUGGAAAGAUGCAAAUGCACCAGUUUUGACGUUACAUGUGGAUGACAACAAUGUUAACAGAGAAGCCAUUGCUAUAGCUUUAGCAUACCUAUAUGGAAAUCACCCUAAACUUGAUGACACUAAUGCAUUCCGUGUUCUUGCUGCAGCUUCAUUUCUUGACCUUCAGAAUUUAUGUGCGAUUUGCACUGAUUUCAUUAUAUCAGAACUCUGGACUACAAACUUGUUAGCAUAUCAGGUUUUUGCAGAGGGCCAAAAUUAUGGUGAGCAUGGAGAACGUGUUAGAAAUGCUUGUUGGGGUUAUCUUUGUCAAAGUGGGGCCAUGGAGUUGAAAGAAGUGCUUCCAAAGCUUUCCUCUCAAACACUGCAUGCAUUACUAACUUCUGAUGAACUAUGGGUGCCUAGUGAAGAAAAAAGGUUUGAAUUGGCAUUAUACAUCCUCAUCUCAAAAGGUGCAUUUAGUAAAGUUGAACAUCCAGAUAAAAGUGGGCCCCUUUCCAAGACUUUGACCAGUCAACUAUCAUGUGAAGGAGAAGUUCAUGAUGCUGCCCAAACCAUUCUAGUCGAGCUUGCUGACCGGAUUGUGGAUUCCAAAACCGGGCUGCCUGAAUUCAGACGCCAAGUACAAGAAUCCGGAUCCGGUCAGUCUAACACAGAUCCAAAAUGCCACUGCAACACCGAACAAACUACACCCAUUCCUCCUACAAAUGACCUCAACUACCCUUCAUCUUUCCAAGACAUGCCACAUGGCGCUGACAUGGCAACAAUGGAAGAUCAAGGGGAAGGGCCAUCUGAAGAGGGGUCUUGUUACCAAUUGAAUAAUAAUAGUUGGCUUAAUGUAGGGCAAAGAUUUGGGAAUGACAAUGAGUGGGGUAGGUGUGGGGUACCCCUGUCAUGGGGUGGAAGGAUUGUUGGGAGAAGAGAGUUGAAGAGUUGUGCUAAGGGGGUUUGUGGAUUGAAUAGUGAUGAAUAUGAUACUUUUGUUAAUAUAUUUGAAGGGGGGUCGCUUUUGUAUUGUAAUAUGACUUUUGAAGCUCUUUUGAAUGUGAGGAAGCAGUUAGAAGAAUUGGGGUUCCCUUGUAAAUCGGUUAAUGAUGGUCUUUGGCUCCAGACACUUUUAAGCCAACGUAUCCACGAAAUAGGCGCAGACACCUGCAAAAGUUGUUGCCUAGUCAGCAUGGCAUGUCAGUGUAGGCCACCAUACGGAUUCACACGCACCGGUUACUACAUGCAAGAGCACGAUCAAAACACUUCAACAACCGGCAUAGGAGAUGUGUACGUAACCGACUCCUCUCAGGGCGAAGUAAAUGGACUAUUUCGCCCUGUGCGCGUGCACGUGCGCGGUACCAUCGACGGGCUAGCGGGUAUCGGACGCGGAUCCACGUACGUCCCCGCAACCGCAUGGCCGCCAACACGUUUUGUGUUCUCGCGUGUCCCGUUCCAUAUGGGGAAUAGGAAUUGUCAGCAGUCGAUUGGGAAUGGGAAUGGGAAUGGGAAUGGGAAUGGGAAUGAUGAUGUGGAGAACAGAGAGGAACAACAACAACAACAACAACAACAUCAACAUGGUGGGGAUGGGUUGACUGCUGUGGUGGGGUUGAGUCAAGGGAGUGGGGAGGGGUAUGAUGGGGAUUUUGGUGGGAGGGUGAAUGGGGUGCAGAUGAUGGAUUCUUCGUCUGAAGAUGGUGGUGGAGUUGAAUGGGAGAAUGAAAGUAGUUCUAUUUCGUUGGAUAUGAAAACGCCUUUGAGUCAUUUUCCUCCUUUUCGAUUUGGGGUGGAAUUCCAAGAUGUUCUUCGGCUCAAUGAUGGACAAGUCAAACACUCUCCUGAGUAUUUCUAUGCUGGUUCUUUAUGGAAGGUCAGUGUUCAGGCUUUCAAUGAUGAAGAUCCUCAAGGGCGUCGAACUCUUGGAUUGUUUCUUCAUCGAAGGAAGGCAGAGAUACCUGAAUCAUUUAGAAAGGUUCAUAUGUAUGUGGAUGCUCGUGAGAAGGUUACUGCUCGUUAUCAGUUAAUUUGUCCAUCAAAAAGAGAAGUGAUGGUGUUUGGAAGCUUUAAACAACCAGGAACCCUUUUACCAAAAGCUCCCAAAGGAUGGGGUUGGCGUACAGCUUUGUUAUUUGAUGAGCUUGGAGAACUUUUGCAGAAUGGGUCCUUGAGGAUAGCUGCUGUUGUGCAACUUAUAUGACUUACAUUUAAACUACUUUUAUUUUCUUUUCUAGUAUUAAAAAUUAAAAUACACCCGUAUUUGCCAUAUAAAAAAUAUAUAUAUAUCUGAUUGAAUUAACUACUUAUUACAAGUAAAUUCACUCUUGAGUUUUGAUAACCA